UCAACCAAAAACCCAAUUAAUUUCCCUCUCUGCCUUCCCACCCACCAAAAUUUCCCCAAUCUAUCUGCCACAUCGCCGACGUCGGAGCUAAUUACCACGAUGAUGAAUAGCACCACCGCCGCUGCCGCCUCUACCGCCGCCGCUGCGGAGGCGUUCCUCAGCUGGGGGGCGGUGGCGGCUACCGGCGGGUUCGAUCUCGAAGAGGCGCUGAAAGCGCCGUGGAAUUCGGACCGCCAGAUCGCGGACGCCGACAGCCUGGUGGCCGGCAUGCCGACCGUGUCCUUCGACGGCGGCGACAACGAGGGGAUUAUUUGUCCGGUCUGCAGGGAAGGGGUGGCCACCGCCGCCGCGCCGGGGAAGAGGGUCCCCUGCUGCGGCCACGUGUACCACGCCGAUUGCCUCGCCGCCUGGCUUCACCACCGCGAUUCCUGCCCGCUCUGCCGCUUCACCAUCUCGCGGUUACAGUAAAAUCCUCACACCGCCGGCGAGCCGGUUUGUGUUGUUAUUAAUUAAAUUAAUGUUACUUACUUCCUAUUAAUUGAUGAUUAGUAUACGUUAAUUAGCUCUGGAUUUGGUAAUCGGGACGUGUGAAUUGGUCGGGGGCUCUGGAUUGUUAAUUACUAAUUAUUGGGUUGCCCGCACAUUGUUUAAUAAAAUCGAAUAAGAAUGCUUCUUGCCUUUCUUUCUUCGGCCCAAAUUGUCCCUUGUUUGAGUGUAAUAUUGCAUAACAUCACAUUAAUUUGCUAGUAUAUAGAUAUUUUUUUAAAUUUAUGUCAACUGUCGUGAAAUCGUACCAGAGGUUAUAUUGGAAACGUUAGUGAUAAGGUAUUUUGUACUAAAAUCGUGAUUGUCUAAUACUCUUUCCUACCGGUAAAACCGCCUACCAAUUUGAAUCUGAUAUUUAAUAUUUUUGGUUUGAUAGGCCGGUACACCGGGGUUUCUCAAACAUUAAGCUCGUUUGCUUGUUAGAUUUGAAAACGAGGGUUUUGAGAUUUAAAAAUCUUUGGAAUUAUGAUAGAUUUGUUGCAUUUAUGGGUUUGAAAGAAUACAUUGUUUGUUUAGUUAAUUUUUAUCAUGAAUUUUUGAUGAAUUUGUAUCGCAUUUUUUGUGUCUCCAUCAUCAAAUCCCAAAUGAAAUGCGGGAUUUACAAAUUCGUGGUCCACUGGUUUGCAUCUAAAAGAAGGUCCAAAUCCACGGGCCUUAUAGAUUUUUGCCUCUUAGCAAACAAUAGAUUUAUGUGAAGUCCUUGAUACUUGAAAUUUGGUUGCCAAAUCUAUCACUCAAAUUUCACAAACAAACAAUAUCUUAUCAUAUCCGGAUGAGAUUAAGUUGGACCGUCACUAACUAAAAAAAAGUUGAGCAUGGGAAUCGAUGUCGUGUGUUAGUGUUAAACGUUAUAGCACUAAACUCUAAAGUUGUAGAAAGGUGGCCGACGAUUGAGUUUUGGUGGACUAACGUGAGAAAAUUGGAAACAAAUACUUUAUAAAUCUAAUCAGAGAUAUUAAUAAGGCCACCCUCCAAUUCCCGGCCGCUAGGCGUCGCCGGGUGUCCGUUUCCGGCGAGAAUCGGAUGAAUAAUAAUAAAAAUUAUAAAGGAGAUAAAGAUUUCCCCCCUUCCAAUGUUGAGAUUAAUUACGUACAAAUUUAGGGAUUGACAAUUUCGACCUGACUUGUUUUAUUCGACAUGUUUGAUCUGUUUUGAGGCGGGUCCGACCCGCUUCGUAGGCGGGGCGGGGUGCUCUCAUCGACCCGACCUGCCCUGACCCGCCCCAUUCUGGACCCGUUCUUGCCUAAAUUACACGUAAUUUUAGUCAAAUUACUUAAAAUUUUCCUUUUAUUACAUCAAAUUUUUAUAAUAAAGUUGUAAAUUAGCGAAAACCUCAAUUUCUCCAAUAAUUUAACUAUAUUUAUCAUAAUAUUGUUUGUUUUCAUGGUCUUAUAAUAAAAAUAACGAACAUUUCUAAUAUUUUUCAUAUAAAUUGCUUACCCAUUGAGUCGACCUGUCCCGACCCAUUACCCGUGAUAAAUUACCCGACCUGUACCCGACCUGCCACGGGGCGGGUCUGGAUACUAAGAAACCCGCCUCGGACCUGCCCAUUGCCAUUCCUACGUACAAUAAAUAGAACAGAGGAAUUUACAACAUAUUCAUGUUCCCCAAUAUCUAGAGUCCCCACCACACUCUACUUUUUGGAUCUUGCACAUUUCCAUUUAUAUAUGGUUUGAUCUAAAUGUCAUUUUGAUGUAUUUUUCUUCAGUAUUUAUAAAUUUUAUGAGAUCAU